AUGAAGCAAGUCUUCAAACCCUUUGCGCGGGUGGAAAUGUCGGACAAUACUACAUCCAGGAACAUCACUCAGCUGCCUGCUAAUAUCAUCGAAGCCUUCAUUCCUGGAUAUUCCAUCAUAUCAAAAUUGUUGCUGGAUGCCCUCGGUUUUGACAUUACCUUCGUGGUUUCUGCCUGUGUCCUAGCCGUAGGUCUUGGUACUGCUCUGAAAUACAUUUGGAGUUAUGUGUACGACAAGGUCACCCGUUACUUGAUGAGCUACAUCCGCAUAGAGUAUGAUGACGACAUCUAUGACUACGUCAUGGAAUGGGUUGCUGCCCACACACUAUCUCGGAAUUCGAGAAAUCUGAUUGCCAAAACGGGCUACGAAAACCACUGGGAGAUCAAUGAUGACGAGGAAGGCUAUGCGCACCAGGUCACUGCUGAAGGCUAUAUCGAUUUCCGGAAUUGGGAAGCGAAGAAGCCACCGAAAUACGAGCCAUCCUACGGAAAGCACUUCUUCUACCAUAAGGGCCAUCUUCUUCUAUUCCAACGGGAUCAGAAGACUAUGGUAGACUCUGGAUGGGGUGGAUAUACUACAAUGAGAGACAGUGAGUUCGUUACGCUAUCCUGUCUUGGAAGGUCAACAAAUCCGAUCAAGGAGCUCAUCAAAGAAGCGAAAGACUUCUAUAUUAGCAAGCAGAAGUCGUGCACGACCGUACGUCGUCCAGCGCCAAAGCAAAGUCGCACCAAUAAAGGCGGAAGCUGGCAGCGGGCGGCGACACGACCUUCCAGACCCAUGCAAACUGUCGUUCUGAAUCAUAAAGUGAAGAAUGACGUGCUGAAAGAUGUCAACGAAUAUCUCCAUCCUGCCACCCCCCGAUGGUACAGUAAUCGGGGAAUUCCAUACCGUCGCGGCUACCUGUUGCACGGGCCCCCAGGAACUGGAAAGAGCUCCCUAGCGUGGGCAAUUGCUGGUGUCUUCGGAAUAGACAUUUACUGCAUCUCGCUUGUUGAUCCCAAUUUGACCGAAGAAGAGCUUGGCAUGCUGUUUACAAGCCUUCCUCGUCGUUGUGUCGUCUUACUGGAAGACAUAGAUAGUGCGGGCCUCAGUAAUCGUCAAGAAGCUCCGAGUGCCGAAGCAGAAACAAAAUCCGAAGACCCCAAGGCCAAAGCGGAGGCGGUUGUGAUCAAAGCUCUCGAAGGAGCGUCGAAGAAACUCAAGGAUAAGGAACGAGAAGGUAUCUCACUGUCAGGGCUUCUGAAUGCUAUCGAUGGCGUUGCGUCACAUGAAGGGAGGGUUCUGAUUAUGACCACGAACUUCCCAGACAGACUUGAUGAAGCAUUGACACGUCCCGGCCGAAUCGACAUGAAAGUCCCAUUCACCAAUGCGACUCGAGAGCAGAUUCGCGAACUCUUCACUCGCAUGUAUUCCCCAGAUACUCCGGUUGGAGCCCUAAAGACGAGACCAAAAGUUGGUAAUGCCCCUGUGCAGAAAUUACAGCUUGAUGCGAUAUCGACUUUUAGCGAGAAGCUUUUGACGACAAAGGCCGAUGAUGCUAAUUCUUUGACGCCUCCAUACACGCCGAUGCAAGCUAGCACGCCAAUGACUUCCCCAUCGAGCACGAGUCUUGAAGAUGACACCGAUAUUGAGGAGAUAGCUGCAAAAUUUGCAGCGGCGAUUCCAGAAGAUACUUUGACACCAGCUGAGAUUCAGGGGUUUUUACUAAAGCAUAAGAAAGAGCCAGCUAAGGCUUUGACUGACGUUGAGUCCUGGCGGGACCGUGUUCUGGCUGCAAAGGAGAAGAAAGCCUUGGCGGAGAAGAAACAUUAG